GAAUAUCAAAUUGAUAUAUUUUUUGCCCAAACAUGGACAGACAGUCGUCUUCGUUUCAACAGCACCAUGAAAAUACUGACUCUAAACAGCAACAUGGUUGGUUUGAUUUGGAUACCAGACACAAUAUUUCGAAACUCCAAAACAGCAGAAGCUCACUGGAUCACCACUCCCAACCAGCUCCUCAGGAUAUGGAAUGAUGGGAAAAUCUUAUAUACCCUCAGGCUUACCAUCAAUGCUGAAUGCCAGCUGCAACUACAUAAUUUCCCGAUGGAUGAACACUCAUGUCCAUUGAUAUUCUCUAGCUAUGGCUAUCCUAAAGAGGAAAUGAUUUACAGAUGGAGAAAAAAUUCAGUUGAGGCUGCUGACCAGAAAUCUUGGAGACUCUAUCAGUUUGACUUUAUGGGUCUUAGAAACACUUCAGAAAUUGUGAAGACCUCUGCAGGUGAUUAUAUAGUCAUGACUAUAUACUUUGAUUUAAGUAGAAGAAUGGGAUACUUCACUAUCCAAACAUACAUUCCCUGUAUAUUAACAGUUGUUCUUUCCUGGGUAUCCUUUUGGAUUAAGAAAGAUGCCACACCAGCAAGAACAGCAUUAGGCAUUACCACAGUCUUGACUAUGACAACUUUGAGUACCAUUGCAAGAAAAUCAUUACCCCGUGUCUCCUACGUCACUGCUAUGGAUCUGUUUGUGACUGUGUGCUUUCUAUUUGUCUUUGCUGCUCUGAUGGAGUAUGCAACCCUCAACUACUACUCGAGUUGCAGGAAACCAAGCUGUGCUAAGAAGAAAAAAUCGCUACCUGAUGUCAGUUUUGGUCAUGUGAUGAAUUAUUCUGUCCUUGAUAUGAGACCACCAACUACAGUCAUUACGUUGAACAAUGCCAUGUAUUGGCAAGAAUUUGAAGAGGCAUGUGUCUACGAAUGCCUAGAUGGGAAAGACUGCCAGAGCUUUUUCUGUUGUUAUGAAGAAUGUAAAUCAGGCUCAUGGAGGAGAGGACGGAUUCACAUAGACAUCUUAGAACUCGACUCUUACUCUAGGGUCUUUUUUCCUACAUCCUUCCUGCUGUUUAACCUGGUCUACUGGGUUGGAUACCUCUAUCUUUAAAUUUUACCUGUAGUGGUGAAGACUACUGUGUUUUCACGCUGCUUAGGGAUGGUGAAAGUGCAGAAAGAUUGAAGAACAUGGUCAGUUUCAUCUCAAAUUAUAGAAGCUAUGUUAACCUUCAUCAUCAGAGAAACUGAUGAAGAAUUUUAAUAUGUAAUUGCCUGAAAAAGAAAAACAUGGAAGAAUUCUCUCCUUACUGCUAUUCAUUUUA